AUGACGGACUACGAAAAAAUAAAACGAUCUUGUUUAAAAAGAGGAGAAUUAUGGGAGGAUCCAGAUUUUCCAGCCACUCAAUCAUCAGUUUUCUAUCAUCAAACUCCUCCGUUUCAAUUUACGUGGAAAAGACCGAAGGAACUUUGCAACAGGCCUGUUUUUGUCAACGAUGCACCUGCUCAAUUCGAUGUCAGCCCUGGAAAAAUGGGCGAUCGUUGGUUGGUCUCUUGCUUGGGAGUACUUUAUUUAAGUAAAGGAUUAUUUUAUCGUGUGGUACCCGCUGAUCAAAAUUUCUGCACUCCGGAUCAUUACGUCGGAGUUUUCAGGUUUCGAUUAUGGUGGUGCGGAGAAUGGGUAGAAGUUUUAGUCGACGAUCGACUUCCAACAGUACACGGAAGACUCGCUUUUCUUCAAUCGACAAAUUCCGAUCAAUUUUGGCCCGGUUUGCUGGAGAAAGCUUAUGCCAAGCUUCACGGUUCCUACGAAGCGUUAAAAUAUGGUAGCCUACUCGACGGUUUGGCAGAUUUAACAGGUGGCAUAACUGAAAGUAUUAACAUACGACAGGAUCCGACAGCAUGCGGUAGAAUGCUUAAUAAACUAUUGGAAAUGACGUCACUCAUAACGUGCACGGUACAAUCGCCUAAUCAACAGGUUAGAAAUCAACAACCUGAAAAACUAGCUAAUGGAAUUCAACUAGGAAUAAACUAUAGGCUGUACACCGUCGACAGAGUGGAAACGUUCGGUGGAGAACCGAUACAGUUGAUUAAAUUAAGAAAUCCAUUAGGACCCGGAGGUGAAUAUGUCGGAGCAUGGGCAAGAGAUUCCGUGGAUUGGGAUGAGGUACCACCACACGAAAAAGAAAGAUUGUCUGCUAGGCACAUGGGAGACGGAGAAUUUUGGAUUUCCUAUUCCGAUUUCAUGAAAACGUUUACCCACCUCGAAAUAGUACAUUUAGACAACGAAACGAGUCGGGACGAACCUUCGCUCCAUCAUAAAACGACGUGGCAGAUGAGAAUAUAUCAGGGAGCGUGGCAAAAGGGUGUUUCCGCCGGCGGGUGUCGAAACAAUCCCGACAUGUUUCACAUAAAUCCUCAACUUCAUUUGAUAUUAAGCGAAGGUGAAGAAGUUGUUUUAUCACUUAAUCAGCAUAGUAUUAUGGAGCCCAAGGUCAUUGGAUUCACGGCAUAUUCGUUACCAAAGAACAAUACCGAAAUUAUUGGUAAACAAUUUUUCAAAAGGAAUAAAUCACUUGCCAAUUCACAGUAUACAAAUAGCAGACAGGUUAGUCACCGGUGUCAAUUGGAACAAGGAGGAUACCUGAUACUUCCGACCACAUUCGAACCUGGACAAGAAUCAAAUUUUACUAAUGACGUAACGGUUUUUUCUAACGACAAUUUUCUCUUUCGUGUGAUUAUCAUUAUUAUUAUUGAUUUCUUUUUCAGGUUAUUAGAUACUCAACCUUCUUUAAUAAAAUCGGCUAUUGUUAAAGCUCCUGCUAUACACGAUGGUAAAAGUUUUAGUCAAUACGAAGCAGUUUUUUUACAAUUAGCAGACGAACAUAGGACUGUAAAUGCUUUCGAACUUCAAGAACUUCUCGAUGCUUGCUUGCCAAACGAUUACAUAAAAAGCUGCGCGAGCAUGGAAGUUUGUAGACAAAUUGUUCUAACACUGGACAGCACGGGUUGCGGAAGGUUAAAGUUUAACGAUUUCAAAGAUCUUAUGUGCAGUUUAAAAUAUUGGCAAACUGCAUUUAAAAAUCAUUCGAAAGAGAAGAUUGGAAUUCUCAAAGCGGAAAGAUUAAAAGAUGCUUUGCUGGAAGUCGGAUUCCAGUUGGGUACUGACGUUAUAUCAAUUCUUAUAUUAAGAUACAUGAGAAAAGAUGGAACUUUGAGAUUUGGUGAUUUCGUAUCGACCAUUUUACAUUUAAGCGUUGCUUUCAACGUUUUCGAAUCCAAAGAUCCGUUACAAAAUGGAACCAUUAAAUUAAGUUUGGCCGAAUGGUUAAAAUCUUCACUUACUUGUUAA